UGACGUCCUAUUCUCCCCAAGGCGGCCAGGAGAGAAGAAAGGUGUGGGAAGGAAAAAAAUAAAAAAAUAACGGAAGACUUGAGAAAAAAAAGGCAGCAAGGCAAAGGCGAAAGGGAGGUCUCAACUUCCAAAUUCACGAGCUUCCUAUAGCCGGAUCCCCUUCUUUUUGCUCUACUUGCCUUCUUCUCGGUCUCUUCUCAGCUUCUCUGCUCCUUUUAAUUUGAGAGAGAGAGAGAGAGAGAGAGAGCGAGAGAGGAGAGAAUGGAAACGGGAUCAGCUGGCGGAGGAGAAGGGCAGAUAAAGGGAGUUCUCACCCAUGGCGGUCGCUACGUGCAGUACAAUGUCUACGGGAACCUCUUUGAGGUUUCUACUAAAUACGUGCCUCCGAUUCGGCCUAUAGGCCGAGGUGCUUACGGCAUCGUUUGUGCCGCUGUGAACUCACAAACCCGGGAAGAGGUUGCCAUUAAAAAAAUUGGCAGUGCUUUUGAUAAUAGAAUUGAUGCCAAAAGAACCUUAAGAGAAAUAAAGCUUCUACGACACAUGGAUCAUGAAAAUAUUAUUGCCAUCAAGGACAUCAUCCGCCCUCCCCUAAGGGAAAACUUCAAUGAUGUAUAUAUUGUUUAUGAACUGAUGGAUACUGACCUUCAGCAGAUAAUUCGUUCUAAUCAGCAAUUGACAGAUGAUCAUUGCCAGUAUUUUCUUUAUCAGAUUUUACGAGGAUUAAAAUAUGUUCAUUCUGCACAUGUUUUACACCGUGACCUCAAGCCAAGCAAUUUGCUGCUAAAUGCGAACUGUGAUCUUAAGAUAGGAGAUUUUGGCCUUGCCAGGACGACAUCAGAAACCGAUUUCAUGACGGAGUAUGUUGUUACUCGUUGGUAUCGAGCACCUGAACUUCUACUAAAUUGUUCAGAGUAUACUGCUGCUAUUGAUAUUUGGUCUGUGGGGUGCAUACUUGGUGAGAUUGUAACUCGAGAACCUCUAUUUCCAGGCAGAGACUAUGUUCAUCAAUUAAGGUUGAUCACAGAGGUAUGA